AUGUGUGCCACUGGUGGGCUGCGUGUUUGUGAAAGUGGGACUUGUCUUCCAGGCUUGGGUUGUGUGCAGUUUAUCUCUGGCUGUGCAUGUGUGUGUGUGUGUGUGCGUGGUUGUGUCGCUCUCACCUGUUCAUCUCCUUCCUCUGUCAGUUUGAGCAGACGCUUGGUGAGGCAGCCGGGGAGCUCAUCUCGCAGCCUCUACAAAUUUAGAAAGCCGACAUGGACACUUUUUUCAGACGUCAUUUUAAGAGGAAAGACGCUGGAGAUGUGUUGCACGACGGCCCCGAACCCUGCCGCCACAGAAGGCCGAGCAUCGCUGUGCCAACCAGCCGUGCCCGGCGCCGCUCCAGCGUAGGGCUUCCGUCCACCGCACUAGCCCAGCGCAGACGGUCAAGCGUCCAGCUCCAGCCCUUACCUCGAAUUGCCAAUAAAUUGUCGCAGAAAAGCUACGGCAGGCGGAGGUCCAGCACCACCACGCCAAAGGCCAAUCCACGCUUCGCCGUACGCCGGAAAAAUGUUGGCAAACUACGCAACAUCGACACGCACCUCCUCGGUCCAUCAAUGCUGCUGGCCAGCCUGAUCCAGAUGACGGAAGAAGAAGAGGAGGAAGAAAACGGUCGCAGUCUGCUACCAGGCCAAGUGGAACUCAAGGGAAGCAGCCCGAAGUUUAGGAGCCACACGGAUGUGCUUUCAGAGGGGGACAGCGACAGCGAAGACUCCAGUGACGAUUCAGACGACAGCCGACGCACGGACCCGUGCCACGAGCUCCCGGAGGAAGCCGACAUGUCUGACUGGGAGAUGAAACAGUCUGGCAUCUUGUGCCAGCAGGAAUGUCUUCCUCUGGCUGCGAUGGCGGAGCGGGUCCAGGCCCACCCGCUGAUCCGAGUUCCACGCUGCCUCCGGAGGAACUCGUCGCAUUAUGGGCAUGCGGAACCAAGCCCGCACGGCCGCUACUGCCGCAGCAGCCAGAGGAGGCGCCGCAGACGGGUUUCAACCAUCUCUAAAGCGGGAAGCCCAUGGCCGGGGAGAGGUCUGCCGUUGCCUAAUCGAAGAAGCUCCACUUGCUACAGGGGUCAAGGGACUCUCAAUCCUCUACUCGAAGCUUAUUAUGACCCCAGACUGGAGUCUUGGAGUGGAUUUCUGUCAAAAGCCAUCUCCAAAGCUGGUGUGCCACAGAACGCUGCCCAGUCCAGUGCCACGGCACCCUCCAAAUUUGAACCCAAGAAGAUCUGCAGCACCGUCGAGUGGACUGAAGAUGCCCAGUAUGGUCAACACGUGUGGUUUGAUACCAGUCCAGCUGGAGACUUCUGUUACGUUGGUGAGACCUACUGCUUUGCAAAGUCACUGCAAAAGUCUCUUCCUCGCCACAAAUGCGCAGCUUGCAAAAUAGCAGUUCACACUGUAUGCAUGGACCAACUGGACAAGAUUAACUUUAGGUGUAAACCAUCAUUUAGAGAUCCAGGGAUGAGAAACAUCAGAGAGACACCAAACAUGAGGCAUCACUGGGUCCACAGAAGACGACAAGACGGAAAAUGUCGUCAGUGUGGAAAGGGUUUCCAGCAGAAAUUCUCCUUCCACAGUAAAGAAAUCGUGGCCAUCAGCUGCUCGUGGUGCAAGCAGGCAUACCACAACAAGGUAAACUGCUUCAUGAUGGAGAAAAUCGAUGAGACGUGUUCCCUUGGAGCUCACGCUGCUGUGAUUAUUCCUCCGACCUGGAUCAUCAGACUCCGUAGACAGCAGACCUCAUUAAAAAGCAGUAAAAGAAAGAAGAAGACGUCUUUGAAAAGCAAGUCCAACAAGAAACCCACAGAGGUAACCAAACCCCCUCCUGAACCAUCUUUAGUAACCCUGAAUGAAAGCGUUGAUGUAAACAAUAAGGUGUUGAUAUUCAACUCUCAGCAGGAUGGGAAAUGGAAACACUUUGUCGUGAGACCGGUCUCUUCCCUUCUCAUCAAACCCCUGCUGGUGUUUGUCAAUCCGAAAAGUGGAGGAAACCAGGGAACGAAAAUCAUCCGCUCUUUCAUGUGGUACCUGAACCCUCGGCAGGUGUUUGACCUCACUCAGGGCGGCCCGAGAGAAGGGUUAGAAAUGUACAGCAAAGUGCCCAACCUGCGUAUCCUGGUUUGUGGAGGAGAUGGAACGGUCGGCUGGAUUCUGUCUGUGCUGGACGAGCUCCAGUUGAAACCUCAGCCUGCGGUGGCCGUUCUGCCUCUCGGGACGGGAAAUGACCUGGGCCGAACUCUCAACUGGGGCGGGGGAUACACAGAUGAGCCGGUGUCCAAGAUCCUGUCCCAUGUUGAAGACGGCAACAUCGUCCAACUGGACCGAUGGAACCUGAGCGUGGAACCAAACACAGAAGCCAGCGAUGAGGAAAAGGAUGAGCAACAGACAGACAAGCUUCCCAUCGACAUCUUCAACAACUACUUCAGUCUCGGGUUCGACGCACACGUGACGCUUGAGUUUCACGAGUCCAGAGAGGCUAAACCUGAAAAGUUCAACAGUCGCCUUCGCAAUAAGAUGUUUUACGCAGGGACGGCGUUUUCAGACUUCCUGAUGGGAAGCUCCAAAGAUCUUUCCAAACACAUCAGAGUGGUGUGUGAUGGUGUUGACCUGACCAGUAAAGUGCAGGAUUUGAAACUUCAAUGUCUCCUGUUUCUCAACAUCCCCAGAUAUUGCGCCGGUACGAUGCCGUGGGGAAACACGAGCGAACACCAGGAUUUCGGGCCUCAGAAACACGACGACGGACUGAUCGAGGUCAUCGGAUUCACCAUGACCUCCCUGGCAACCCUUCAGGUUGGAGGUCAUGGUGAGAGGCUUCAUCAGUGUCAAGAGGUGCUCUUGACCACCUUCAAGUCCAUUCCUGUUCAGGUGGACGGAGAGCCUUGUAAACUGGCGCCAUCCAUCAUCCGUAUCACCCUCAGGAACCAGGCCAACAUGCUGCAGAAGACCAAGAGAAGAAUCUCCAUUCCACAGCUGAACGAUCAGCAGCCCAUCACAGAGAAGGUCCAGAUCCGGGUGAACCGUAUCAGCAUGUGCGAUUAUGAAGCUCUGCAUUAUGAUAAAGAGCAGCUCAAGGACGCCUCUAUUCCUAUGGGAGUGAUUACGGUUUCUGGGAACAGCGAUCUGGAGACGUGCCGGCAGCAUAUUGAGAUGUUACAUGAGGAGGCGGAUGGUGUUAAUGCAGACACACUACACAUGCCAAAACUUUCACCAAAAUGGUGCUUCCUGGACUCCACAACUGCAGAUCGCUUCUACAGAAUAGACCGCGCUCAGGAGCACCUCAACUAUGUGACGGAGAUCUCCCAAGAUGAGCUUUUUAUCUUGGACCCGGAGCUAGUCACCAAGGAGACGGUGGGCACGUCGCCUGGAAUGCCGGGGGCGAUGGAAACCGUGGGGGGAUGUUCUGAAAGUACAGACCUGUUCGCUUUUCCGGCCUGUUCUUCAGAGCCUUCGCUGUGCAGGUUUGGUCACGCUGAAGGUCAGACUGAAUGCGUGUCGACUUGCAUGGUCCCGGACAGUGACCCUCACAUGCAGAUCGACACAGAGGCCGGCACAAAGCAAGGCCUGACCAGGAGGGGAGCAAAAGUUAUUAAUAUGAAUCGUUUAAACGCUUCAGAAGGGGAUUCAGUAAGUGUCCAAAGGAUAGAUGUUUGGAAUGACAACAAUCAAGAAAUAAUCACAUUGCUCUUUGAGGCUGUGAAGUCGGACAACUUCGAGAAGCUGGUCCAGAGUCACGAAGAAGGUGCGAAUCUCCUGGUUCAGGAUCGGUUCGGCUGCACCCUCCUCCAUUAUGCGGUCGACGUCGGCAAUAAAGACAUCGUGAAGUACAUCACCGAGAAUGCUCCUUCCUGUAUCCUGGAUGUGACAGAGAAAUCAACAGGGAAGACGGCCCUGCACAAGGCAGCUGCUUUAGGCCACAGGACCAUCUGUUGUUACCUGGUGGAUGCCGGUGCGUCCCUCAUGAAGACAGACCUGCAGGGUGAUUCUCCAAAGAUGUACGCUGAAAAAGCUAAGGACUUCGAGCUAGCCGAGUACUUGGAAAACCGGCAGCACUACCAGAUGAUCCAAAGAGAGGACCAUGAGACUGCGGUGUGACCCAACCCACUAAAACCCCCUGAUGCUUACAAUCCAGCUCAUCCGGCACGGGCACAUGUUAGCGAUGUUAUGAUGCAGCAUGUUCGUUCGCUCUUUGUGUCGACUGUAACGCAGAGAAGAGUGUUUGUGUUUCGGGAUGCAUGAGUUUUAUCUUCAGUUAUCAAAACUGCACAAAGCUGCACCGCUUGGCUACUUACUGUAGGAAACCACGUGCAGAAUUUCGGAAACUUCAGGGCUGAUGUAUAAACGUGGCUUUUAUUGAACUACUAUAAAGCAAACCAUAUAAACCUCACGAGAGAUUUAAAACAGGGAGGGGAGGUUGUUUUUUAACUUCUGCUGCUUUUGGUUACGUUACUUAAUAUACUUUUGUUUGAAUUGAAACGCUGUUACUGAUAGCAUAUCAGCGGGUUUUAGAGAUAUGCGUAGACUUGAGUUAUGUGACCUGAAACAUCUGCGAAUAUCCGCAGACGUGUUGGCUCACACUCACGUGUUUGUUCUGGUAGGAGGUCGAUGUUGUUUUCAUGGCCUCCUGCGUUUAAGAAUGCUUCCUCAGCUGUGGCUUACGGGCAGUUUCUCUCUUUGUGGUAAACGCUUACAUUUUCGGAAAAAACAUUCCAUUGAUUAUAACUUUGGAUAUGUUAGAAAGCAUUAAAUUCUGUGUGCAUCUUAUCUUAUAAGUCGUAAUAAUAUUGUAGUCGAUAUACGCCGAUUAGAAUUGAGUAGUUUUACUUCCAAUAUGCGGCUUAGAUUAAAGUUUUCUUUCGUAGUCGGAAUCACAUUCCAUGGCAAAGAAUUCUCGCAUUGACUGCUGUACUUUUAAAAUAGCGUUUGAAAAGUUAUUUCAAAUUUCAGGUCACUGAAUUUAGGAAGUUAAACUUAACUUCGAGUUAGUGUCAAGUUAGAUAUCCAGCCAAACUGACCAGGUUAAAGGGACAGUUCACCCAAAAAUGAAUUCCGCCAUUAUUUACGCACCCUCGGGUUGUUUCAAACCUGUAUGCAUUUCUUUGUUCCGAUGAACACAGAGAAAGAUAUUUGGAAGAAUGUUAGCAGUUUUCAGUCAUCCACUACCAUAGUAGGGAAAAAUAUAUUGGUUUUUUAAUGAGAUAUUUUGAAGAAUUUAGAAGAACAAACCAUUCUGGGGCACCUUUGACAACCAUUUAAUUUUUCUACUAUGGUACUCGAUGUCCCGGAACUGAAAAUGACUAACAUUCUUCCAAAUAUCUUUCUCUGUGUUCAUCAGAACAAAGUCAUUUAUACAGGUAUGAAAUUACAUGAGGGUGAGUAAAUGAUGACAGAAUUUUCAUUUUCGGGUGAACUGUCCCUUUAAGUACACUGAAAGUUUUCGUUUUUUUGCCAGAAGUGUUUGGGUUAUACUCUCAAAAUAAAGGUUCCUAAAAGGUUCUGUAUUGUUCUGCACCUUUAAAAUUCAAAGAACUUCUCGGUCAACUUUCUUGUAGUGGAAAAAGCUCCUACAGACUCUAAAACUGUAUUAAACUAUAUAUAAAACCAUAUAAAAACUCUAAAAGAAAACACAUUAGGGGUGAUAUUUACAACCACGAUUAACGGUAUAAUGUCAAUUGUACAUAUAUCGUAAUAUUAUUAACUCUUCAACACCCAUUAAAAUUUUGCCUUAAGAGUGACAAUCGUUGCAAACUCUCAUAUAAUUUAUUUCUUUUUAGAGACAGAUUGAAAGGCAUUGCAAUAAUAUCCUAAUGCUGGGGCCACACCAAAAGAUUUGUUUAAAUCUUAUAAGAGUUUUAAACGAUGAGAGACCACAAACAUGAGGAGAAAAAAUCCUAGAUUGAAUCAUUUUGCUCCUAUAAUGUGUGGUGCGCCGUGAUGUGACAGAAAGCGCACCACACACCAACAGAUUUUCAAACAGAGUCCUGACUGUGAACACAGGAAAUCUCGCAAAUUCUCUCGAGAUUUCAGAAUAAGUUAUUUAUUAUUUCACUGUAAGCUUUAUUUAUUAUAUAUGUGUUCAUAAACAAAUGUGUACAUAUAACCUUUUAUGUCAUUUAAAAAAUAUUAUUCAUCAUUGCCCAGGACUGUCGGCAGGGGAGAAAUCGGCCCGAAUAUCUUUUGAUGUGGCCCCAGCAUUACCGCGAAUUCUGCGACGCACGAUAACCAUGUCGUGAAAACACGAUACCGUGGUGUUACAUUCUAUAUCUAGCACUUAAAAGAACUGUAUUUUUUUGUAUACUCAAAAACCCAAACAGCUUGAUGGGUUUCUUCCUUCGGACUGGUCUUUUAUUAAUAUAUUUAUGUCUUCGUCUACAUAAAGGUUUCAAUUCUGGUAUAUUUAACCACUUUAUUUACAUGUUAAAUAGACUAAAAUGCUUGAAUUAAUACAGCGCCAGAGCAGAAAGCAGCUAUUUGACGUCUGCGUUGUCAAACAUUGCCAUAGUGUGUGUUGAGAUGUCAUUACAAUAGAAUAACAUGUUUUUCGUUCGUGCAUUGUACGAGUUGCUAUGCAAUUCCCAAUAGACAAUAUAUGUAUAUAAUCUGUUGAAGAUUUUAAACGUGUAAACAAGCUGUCCUGAGUGACUUACAAUUUUUGCAUUUGUGUGUGAUAUGAUUAGAUCAAGAUAAUGCUUUAUUUAUAAGAGUAGAUAAGGAUUUUAAUAGAGUAGUCAUGUAUUUGUUCUUCGGGGCUGGUUUGUUAAUGUAUACUUGAAACACGAAAUAAAACGAAAUAAAGUCUUUGGAAACAAA